CGGGCCGGCGGGGGGGCAGGACCGGCGGGCGCCAUGCCGAAGGUGGUCUCUCGCUCGGUCGUCUGCUCCGAUACCCGUGACCGAGAGGAGUACGACGAUGGCGAGAAACCGCUCCACGUCUACUACUGCCUGUGCGGGCAGAUGGUGCUGGUGCUGGACUGCCAGCUGGAGAAGCUGCCGAUGCGGCCCAGGGACCGUGCCCGGGUGAUGGACGCUGCCAAGCACGCCCAUAAGUUCUGCAACGCGGAAGAGGAGGAAUGUGUCUUCCUGCGAAGACCAGAAGGCAUCGAGCGGCAGUUCAGGAAGAAAUGUGGCAAGUGUGGGCUGCUGCUCUUUUAUCAGCACCAACAGAAAAAUGCUCCCGUGACCUUCAUUGUUGACGGUGCCGUGGUCAAAUUUGGCCAGGGUUUUGGGAAGACAAACAUCUAUACCCAGAAACAAGAACCUCCCAAAAAGGUGAUGAUGACCAAGCGCACUAAGGACAUGGGCAAGUUCAGUUCUGUCACAGUCUCCACCAUUGAUGAAGAGGAGGAGGAGAUUGAAGCGAGGGAGAUUGCAGAUUCCUAUGCACAGAAUGCAAAAGUGAUUGAGAAACAGCUGGAACGCAAAGGCAUGAGCAAAAGAAGGCUACAGGAACUGGCUGAAUUGGAAGCCAAGAAAGCCAAGAUGAAAGGAACCCUGAUUGAUAAUCAGUUCAAAUGAAAUGCUGCACAUCUGCUAGGCAUUUGCAGACAGAAGAAAGCUACAAGGAGCUACUGCGGAUCUGUCAAAGCAGAAGUUACAGACAACCUUCCAGGGCAAUAUGCUGCAACCAGCUUGGAGAAUGAGUACCUCUCUAUCAUAAGUGAUACUCUGACACUGAUUUUAAUAACUCCCGUGGCCCGAGAGACUUCACUGAAACUGCAGUUCUCUACAGACUCAGUGUUAGGAGCAACCUAUUCCACACAGAAUAUUUACUUUUGGGAAAAUCUUUGCUGAGUUCCUUGCUGAGAUCAGUGUACCUUUAGAUACCUGUCUCUUUAUUUUGGUAGUUUUCAAAUGUGUAAGAUUUCAUAAGUGUAUUGGGACAACAGGUCAGCUGUACAACAAAGAAAUUGUUACAAAAGUAAGAUCUCUGCCUGUUGUUCAUUUUGUUACUUUAAAUGUGUCCAAAACAAACAGCAGUCUGAAAGACAUGCCAUUCCAACAGUCUGGAACAACCUGGAUGUGUUCCCUGGUUCAGGGACUGCUGCUUACCCUGCCCAGCAGCCAGGCUGCUAAAGGCAUCCCCUGCUGGCUUGGCUGCAGCUCUUACUGAGCACUGGAAGAGCAACAGUUGUACAGAAUUACAGUCCCAACAGAUACUGCUUCAUACAAGAACAUGAAGUCCAGCCCUGUUUUAAACUACUGAAAACAAAAACUCCCUGCACAUGAUACCACUGAUGAGUACAAAUAGAUAUUUGGAAGCUGCUGAUACGAUUGGUGAUCAUAUAAAGGAAAUAGCAGCAUGUCUGAACUAACCUGUUCUGUGAAACAGUCUCAGUAUUUGGAGCUGUAAAAUGUGAAGGAGAAGGAAAAAUUGUUUUGAGUGCAUUGACCACUGAGGACUUGGAUAAAGACAGCAUUUAAGAAUUGGUGUGUAAAGUACCUUUUUGGGGAAGUAAUGUUUUAUAGUUACAGUGCACUGUAACCCAUGUCUGUGUUGCUUGUUUGGGAUUAAAUACCCUGUUAUGAAUUUUAAUUAAAAUCCUAUGCUCUUUUUUACACCAUAAAAUAAUAAUUAUGGAGACUUAUAAUCAAUAAAAAUUUUCCAUCUGGC